AUGCCUCCCGCGAAUGAGACGGAGAGCUCCGUCAGCAGAAUCACUCGCGAGGGCAAGAAGAUUACAUACAAGCUUAGUGUGAUGCAGCAGCCGGAGCGUGCAAGAGCCUGUGGUGCUGGUGCCAAGUCCUCUGCCGACCGUCGACCGGUUGAUCCUCCGCCUGUUGUUGAAUUGCGAAUCUUCGAGUCUGACCCCAACGAUGAUCUGCACAAGACCGACAUAACCUUCGCUUACAACGCCAACUUCUUUCUGUUCGCUACCUUGGAUACGGCUCGAGUUCCCGUAGCAGGUGUAGCGUACCUCGACCGUCCGCAGCAAGCCGGUUAUUUCAUCUUUCCUGACCUGUCCGUUCGUCACGAGGGUAGAUAUCGGUUGAGCUUCCACUUGUACGAAGAGAUCAAGGACGUCAAGGAUGCGGACAAGGACAUGCCAAUGCCUGACGUCAACUCGAGCAUCAACUUGACCAAACCAUCAGCACCCAAGUCGCAUCUGAACUUCCGUCUCGAAGUCAAGUCGGUCCCGUUCACCGUCUACAGUGCCAAGAAGUUCCCUGGACUGGCCACAAGCACAUCGCUCAGCCGCAUCAUUGCAGAGCAAGGCUGCCGAGUUCGUAUUCGACGGGACGUGCGCAUGAGACGCCGCGGUGAGAAGCGCACCGACGAUUACGAUUUUGAUGAUGAGAGGGUCUUUGCUACUCGGUCGGACAGAUACACUACCCCUGACAUGUACGCGGCGAAUUCGGCCGAGCGUGCUCGUUCCACUAGCAUCAGUACCACCGCUGAUGCCUCCUUCCCCUAUGGCUCUGAUGCGCAGAGACGGCCGUCUGCGAGCGAUUACGGAUUCCAAGGCGCGCAGCCAUACCAGCGAUCCAUUCCAGCAGCCCCUGCAGCUCCCGCUCCAGCUCAGGUUCACAACCCCGCAACUUCGGCACAGACAUCUUCAUAUCAGUCUCACCUUUCGUUCGGAGCGACGCAAAGCCAGUAUCCGGCUCCCCAACUACCGCCAACACCCCAGUCGGCAACUCCCGCAAACACGUAUUCUCCACACCCUUCCUAUUCUCACUCAAGAAACCCUUCCAAUGGCACCGACUAUUCCAAGGCAGCCCUACCUCCUCUCCGCCUGGAGCCGCCAAAGGCACCGAACAUGCAGACAAGUACUGAUUCCCGCUCCUCCGAUGCGAAUGCAUACCCCACCCUGACGCAACCUCCGGUACCUCGUGCUCCGACUCCUGCAAACCAUGUAACUUCGCUCCCGCCUCUGAAAGUUCUCUCUGGUGAAUAUUCCCACCCGUCUCAGCCCAACGCGCAGAGCCCGCAUCACGACCUUGGUUCUGGAAAGCGUCUAUUGUGGGAAACGAAUCAUUCCCUAUCCAAGCGAUCGCACGAGGAAACCUUCGGCAAUGAUGAGCGUCCUCUGCACAAUGGCAUGCGGCCUGAUAUGGAUCAAUACCCUAACAUGGGUCGGAAGCAGCCCGAUUAUGGCCGGCUCCCAUUCUACACCGAUUCGCGUGAUGAGAUGGCAUACAAACGAGCGAAUGGAAGAAUGGUCAUGAAGAUUUCGCCUGCGCUACCAUAA